CUUUCAGAAUGCACGCUCACCAGCAAAACAUUAUCCUUGUGGGAACAAGUUAGGUCCUGGAAAAGUUUUAACAACAUAUACUACUAAUCGAGUCGUAAACGUUCAAUGGGAAAUUACAGAACCUUUGGGAGGCACUUGUUUUGUCGAUUUGUCAACAACUGGAAAAGAUAAUGCCUUUAAAACCAUUAGAACUAUUCCUAAUUGUGCAGAUAAAAUCGGUGAAAACUUUCAAGCCGAUGUACAAUUUCCUAAAAAUACUACUUGCGAAAUUUGCACGCUUCGUUUUAGAUGGGUUUCAAGUUCAUUUAAGGAAGUUUAUUUAAAUUGUGCCGAUAUUUCUAUCUUACCGACCAACAAAAAUGGACUCAAGAUGAAAAAAAGAAACAGAUGUCAUAUUAAUAUGUGUGAAUAG